AUGUGUUCAACAAACUCCAGUCCAAAUUUAGAGGGUCAUGAUAUUGCUAUUCAAUCAGAAAAUAUAACUGUUACAGAUGCAGAUAUUGACAAACUUCAAAGUGCUUUACCACAUAAGAAAAAAGAUUCAUCUCGUCACGAACUAAAUGUUAAAAAAGUUGCUCAAGAUCUUCUGCAGCGCUCUUCUGGUAUUAUUUCCAUGGAUUCUUUGAUGAGAACUAUUGAAAGAGAUGCUGCUAAUUAUCUGGUCCAUGAAUGUUUAUUCCACUGUACUGAUGAUUUAUUCGAAUAUUCUGAUGAUGUCGAUCCAGAAGGAUAUAUCAAAAUUGUGCCCGAUGAUAUUGAUUUUCAAUUUCUUAGUCGUUUUGCUAGUUUCAAGAUAGAUCCAGUAUCAUACUUCAAGAACAUUGAUCUUCCACAAGUAUGGAAAUCUCGUUUAUCUACCAAUGGAAUUAGACUUUUACGUACUAUGAAAUUCUAUCGACAACUCUUGGAUUCAACACCAUUUGAAUCACCUUCGAAUUUUCAACUUAUUAAUGACCACAAUAAAGAAUUAGAGCAAAUGUCUUCAUCAAUUUUAAAUAGUCAAUUGCCGCAAAAAACAAUCACAAAACGGUAA